AUGUCUGGUGUCAGCGAUGAUCGCAUCCAGCAAUUUAUGGCUUUGGCCAAUUGUUCCUUUGGCGUUGCCCAGCGGUAUUUGGAGGAGUUCGGAGAUCUUGGCGAAGCUCUGAAUGCGUACUAUGCAGCACAAUCAGGUUCUCCUGCAGAGAACCCGGCAAGUCAGAGUCCCGUGCCGGAAAGAACGCCGGUUAGCGGGACAUCUUCUACAGUUUCGGGUCAAUCCGGGAAUGCGGCUAGCGCUGGCAGUGGUAGUAGGCCAAAAUUCAUGAGCUUCUCGGACAUGGUUCGUGGACAGGCGGCUGAAGACGAUGAGGACGACCAGAAUAGAAACACUUUUGCUGGUGGCGAGACAUCAGGUCUGGAAGUGACAGAUCCCAAUGACUCGAACUCUCUGAUUAGAGACCUUUUUGAGAAGGCCAGAAGGGGAGCACAGCAGCAGGCAGAAGGAUCAUCAGAAGAGGGGCCUGUUCAUCAUUUCACGGGCAGAGGCUAUAAACUGGGUUCCAGCGUCGAUUCGCCCAAUCAAGUGGUGGAAGAUCUAAAGGAAGAAGAAUUACCAUCCAGGCCACAAAAAGUCACCAGGGAGAUAACGUUCUGGAAAGAGGGAUUUCAGGUCGGGGAUGGCCCGCUUUACCGCUAUGAUGAUCCUGCAAACAGCUUUUAUCUAAACGAGUUGAACCAAGGAAGGGCGCCAUUGAAGCUUUUGGAUGUGCAAUUCGGACAGGAAGUGGAUGUGAACGUUUACAAGAAAAUGGAAGAGUCGUUCAGACCUCCAAAAAGGAAGUUGGGAGGGUUUCAAGGUCAGGGACAAAGACUGGGUUCUCCAAUUCCUGGCGAGUCUGAGACUUCGAGCGUAGAACCAGCGUCCCCUAGAGAUGGUAUUGAACAGAAGAGUGCUGUCGACGAUGCCGAAAGGCAGCCGACCCCAAGAGGUGAUUCCUCAGUUCAAAUAAGGUACGCCAGUGGCAAAAGAGAGGUCUUCCGCUGUAAUGCCACAGAUACAGUUCAGCACUUAUACGAUCACGUCAAGGAAAACACACAGGAUAAGGCAAGAAAAUUCACGCUGAACUAUGCUUUUCCAGUCAAGCCACUCGAGAACUUCGACGCAACUCUAAAAGAGGCUGAUCUCAUCAACACGGUCGUUUUGCAAAGGUGGCUGUAG